CCAACAUCGCCCCCAAACCCCCAUUUCGUGCUACAGACAUACAUAUUGAUCUCCCCGUCGUUCUAUCGUCCUCUCGUCCUGUCCUCCGUCGUCAUUAUCGUCCCAUCGCCUGUUCUAUUGUCCCUUUACUCCCCCUGUUGCUCGCUGCUGCCCCCGCCCAUUUCAGUUAAGCCCAUUUCCCCGAGCCUGACCUUGUUAGGAUCAGAAUCCCACAAAUAUACUGCGCGAGCUCGAGCCGCAGCUCCCUCCCCACGACCUCCGACUAGCCCCCUGUCUCUCCCCGUACAGCUGCGCGCUCAUACGCUCCGUAGGCGUGUCAAUGCUAGUAAUACACUUCAGCGUUCGGGGUCCAGACAGAGCGCAUCAUGACAUAGAGCGCAUCAUGACAUUGAUGCCAUGUCGGCAAACUUUCGCGUAUCAGUGAUAUGUCCUCCGCUUAUCAGCAUAUAAUUCCCGGCCUCCAUAGGGAACCCCCACGAGGGUUCGUGCCCGAGCGACUGGGCCACGUUCAUUGCGCUUGCUCGGCCUGUAGAACGCGUUUCUUCCGGGCAUGUGAUACUGCACGUUGUUCUCAGAUCCUGAGGAAUGGAGGACAGGUCGACAGCAAGCCAACAGUGGGCGUUCCGCAUUCGAAUUCUGAUAUGUUUUCCAACAGAUUGUUGGGAAUCCUCUUGAAUUCAAUCGAAUUUAGUUCAUUCACUAUAGAUUAGGUGAAGAGUUUUAACCUCAGCGUGGUAAGGGAAAAGAAGGAAGGAGACAAUAGUGAGCUAUGGAGGAAUAAGGAAAGAGUCAGUUGGUCCCCUCUCCAAGAACAGCGGACGCUUUUCAUUUCAGAGAAACGAAUACACGCUCGCCGGGGCCAACACCGAGGCAAAAAAACUCUUCACACAAUACCCACCUUCAACUAAGGUAUCCCUGAGCACGGUAGUUUGGCAGAGGCAUUCGGAAUGCUGCAUAAAAGCAUUUAUCCCUGGCGACGGUGUGUUCCCGAGUUUUCGUCAUGAACGCUGACGAAGGCAUAGAGGCUGGAGCGAGGUGAGAGAAACGCGCCGAAAGAUUCCACGGGAGUUCCGAAGAAAUAUUGAUCAGCUUUGAUCAGCUUCGUAAGAGCAAGCCGAAGGUCAAGUCCUAAUGGAGAUAGACGCGAUCGUGAAGUGUUGUGACGCUGUCACCAUGAACCAAAUUUCAAGUUGUUUCCGAUAGGAUAUUUUCCAUUUUAUGCGAACGGAACGACGGUCUUUACGGCACCAGGCCUAUUUGACUACUCUCUCUCUCCGCUUCAGCGCGUCGCCUUCGUUGUCGUAUGCUGCUUGGGUCUCCGCUCUAUCCCUUCUCCUAUCAUGUCUGGCACGCCCUCCCCUGCUCGACUUCACACCAAAUCCUCCGACAUCUCAGAGUUCUUCCGUGUAGGAGGGCACAGUUCUAGACCUCGCGCCGGCGACGCCCCCAAAUCUGGCCCCUCGUCCACUGCAUCCUCGUCUCCAGCGUACCUCUCAGAACCCGAAUCGUCCUCCAGCCCGCGGCGCCGGAGUAUGAUACCUUUCCUUGGCCGGCAGAGGAAAAAGUCGGCGCACGCCGACAUUGCCAAUGUUGCUGCUGUUGCUGCCGCUGCUCAUGUCAAUCGACAAUCGGAGGGAGAACCGCGAUACAGUAAUGUGUCCAAGGCUUCGAGGAGGACAUUGCCUUUACCAGAGGUGCCUCUGCUACUUCAUCGUCAUGAGACACCUGAGCGAUCUUCCGUUGCCUCGAGCUCAUCUCCACCAUCCCUUGGUUCUAAAAUUGCCGCUCAUUUCGUUCCUUCACGACAACGCCUCAUCAGUCUUUCCCCACGCAAACCAUCACCUUAUAACGAAACUCCUCCCUCCUCCGGAGGCCUUGCACCGCCGGCCAGUUCCUCCCGUGGAACCUCCAUGGAUUCCACCUCAUCUGACAAUCGAUCCAGCACUCCUCGUCCGACCAUCACUGUCUCCCUCUCGCCCGAUAAUCUCGAUGGCUACGAGGGACUCUUCACUCUGCCGACAUCCGAAACGUCGAAAUCGCCGUCCCCAAAUGCGGAGCUGAGACUUCGGUCGGAUGAUCGGAUAUACACUGGAUCGCCUGUCAGUGACCGAUCACCUAGUCGAUCGCGAAUUUCUCGUGUGGCGCGCAAAUACGUCGGUUCAGCGAUGAAACAGUCUGACGUGGACUCGACAGAUGCAGAGGACUCAGAGGCUGUCAUGUCAGACACACCGAAAUCGUCACCGCCAAUGCAUACGCCAAUAGUGGAAAAGCGACGGACGCUGGCGACGACUAUGCCGUAUACGUUUGCAGAGAAAGCACCGAGGUCGAUCAUGAAGUCGUCUGUGAUUGCGCUUCCUCCCGCGUUACCGCUGCCCCCACCGCCUCCCAGUGAUCCGCCCUCGCCAACUCUGCUUGGCACACCUCCGUCGUCGUCCGAAGCCAGGUCGCUAAGGCGCCCUCGCGCUCACACGCUGUCCUCGACACCGAUCCCGUUACCAUUCAAGCCCCCAACAUCUCCGAUCGCGACGGUUCCCUCUCGUCGGCUGAGCAAAUCUGAGAAGAUCCCUAUACCACUCAACGGGCCUGCGCCUGCUGCUGGGAAAGACGCCUUUGACAUGGCGACCGCCUCCGCAGAAGAAUUACGGCAGGCGCUCGUCCGCAGAAAUCAGCAGUUCGACGAACUUGCCAGCUAUCUUUUGAAGAUCACGGAAGCACAUGUUGCCGAGAAACAUGCUCUGUUGAAGAAAAUUGGUGCUCUCGAGCAAGAUGCCACGCGGAAGGACAACGAGAUCAAGGGCUUGACGUGGCUUGUGACGAAUAACCGCCCGGGCAGUUCUGAUACUAUCAAGUCCACGGCGUCAACGAUCAAACCGACCCGUUCCAGCAGUGCUGAUGAUUUCGGCGCGCAGUCUCACCAGGCAUCGGGUGCCGAGGAUUCUCACUCGGGCUCCGAAUCUCUUCAAGGCUCGAGCACGGCUGAUUCCUCGUCGGAGCGACGCAGCAGCAAAAGCAAGAGACACCCGAACCCGAACAACAGUUUCUACCGUAUGUCCGCAACUGAAACAGCAUCCUCCUCUUCAUCCACUACAUCCCUGCUGACAUCUGUCACAACGACGCCCUCGACCCCUGCCACGACUGUCAGCUCCCUGAGCUCCAUUCCGGAAUCGCGCGAUCCCGUUGUUGCGGCUGCUAUCCUGGCCUCGGAGAAACAGCGAGCAAAGCAAGAACGCAGAGCGAGCAAGACGGUCGACCGGCACGCCUCGGCUUCCGCCACCGGUGGGGUGUCGGCCUCCGCAGCUUAUGCUGCAAACCUGAAGCGCGGUCGGCCCCCAUCGAUAGCUCAAGUGCUCGCCUCCUCCCCAAAGAUGGACCACGUUCGGGAUAGACCCCGUCUCUACACCAGUGGCUCGGCAUCAAGCUAAGCACCCUGGUAACCCAAUUCGUACCCCACGUUACUACCCCCACGCUCCUUCAAAAUUUUCGCCGCCGCGCUCCUUACCCUACAUUCGACCCAGGAAGUAAGAUAUUUUCUUUGCAACAUGUAAUACACUGGCGAACAAUGUGUAUCCUUCCGCAUUUAUGUAUUCUUU